GGAGAUAAGGUCUGCAAGGAGACGCAUCAGACUCCUACACCACUGUCAUACACUGUUGGCUGCAGUGACGGGGUCAGGGCCUCUAUAAAGAAAACCCGCAGCCCCACAGAUUAAAGUAACGUUGGGGUGCUUACGCUCAUAAACCAGGAACAAAACUAACCAGCAGAUUUCUGAAUGGGAACUGAACGCGUCGGCGAAAAAUGCCCUUUGGUUUAGGCUUAAUCAUUAAAACUGCAGGUGAAAGAAGAUAUCUCUGGUGGCUACGGGACUGCUCCUUCACCCGGGCUCCAUUGAGCAAUUAAAUUGACGAUUUGCACGACUGGCGGAAGUCAUGUUGCACACGGGACAAAGUUCGUGUCCGCACAGGGAAGUCGGCUAACAUGCUAUAUGAGUACAUGCAUGGUUCGAGCGCAGGCGACGCUUUAUAGAUGCUACUGCAUAGCAGUUCAUGCUAGCACUGAGGUGAACUUCGGGAGAGCUGGGGAUACUUCAAAUGAAGCGACGGGCUAGUAUGACUUUGGCUUCGGACCCAACGGUGGUUGUAAUAGGAUGCGGGAUAUCGGGAAUAGCAGCAGCACACCGGCUCGUCAAAGCUGGAUUUAACCGUGUGCGAAUACUCGAAGCGACUGCAAGAAGUGGAGGAAGGAUAAAAACAGGCAGACUGGGUAAAAGCAUUACAGAGCUAGGUGCAAGUUAUAUCCACGGUCCGUCUGAGGAGAACCCAGUGUUUUGUCUGGCCCGAGACUAUGGACUCCUGGAUCAGGCGGCCCUCGCCCCGGAGAACCAGGCCAUGGACAUUGAUGAACGUCCUCCCUGGGUUGCAAACUGGUUCAGCAGUUCUGGUCAGAAGCUGAGCUCCAAACUCAUGAGACCUGCUUUGGACAUGUUUAAUGAGCUCGUGGAUGAUACUUGGCUAUUUAAAAAUAAAAAAGAGUCACCUUGGGUCAGCACUGGACAUUUCUUACGAUCAGAGGUACGACGGCGAGCAGCAGAGAGGUGGAACAACAAGAGUAAAAGCACCAGGAAUCUGCUUCUGUGUGCCGUCAGUGCCAGGUUAAAGGAGGAGUGCUGUGUCAGUGCAACUCACACCAUGGACGAUAUAGACCUGUUGGGAUUUUGUAUGUACAGGAGUCUAAGUGGACUGGACUGCACAUUCCCAGAUGGCUUUGAAGGCCUAAUCAAGAGCUUGAUGAAGGAGUUUAACGCUGACAUGGUGACAUACAAUCGGCCUGUGCGAUGUGUCCACUGGAACAACACACAGGACAGAGUGAACACUGUGACGGUGGAGUGUGACGAUGGGGAGAGGAUCGCUGCUGAUCAUGUUAUUGUCACAGUACCUCUAGGAUACCUUAAGAAGCAACAUUCAACCCUUUUCUGUCCACCUCUCCCAACACACAAACUGCAGUCUAUCCAGAAACUAGGAUUUGGAACAUGCAACAAAAUAUUUAUAGAGUUUGAAUCGCCAUGGUGGGAUGCUGACUGUGAUAUCAUCUACCUGGUGUGGAAUGAUGAGGCGGAUAUUUUGGACCAGGUGUCCGAUAUAAGCAAAUCCUGGAUAAGAAAGAUGUCAGCGCUCACUGUGCUCAAACCCUCUGAAAGGUAUAGCCAUGUUCUCUGUGGCUGGAUUGCUGGCCAUGAGUCCGAGUAUAUGGAGUCUCUUACCGAGGAGGAGGUCCAAUCUGCUGUCACAGAGCUCAUCCGCACAUUCACAGGAAAUCCUGCCAUCACACCGAAGAGAAUCCUGCGCUCCCAGUGGUUUCAUGACCCCUGGACAUGUGGAUCUUACUCUCACCCGGCAAUAGGCUGCUCAGCGCAGGACCUGGAGAACAUGAUGGAGCCCCUGCCUACAAAAGGAUCACAGGCGCAGCCCCUGCAGGUGUUGUUUGCUGGAGAGGCUACACAUCCCUGCUACUACUCCACCGUCCACGGAGCCCUUCUCACUGGGUGGAGGGAAGCUGAUCGACUCAUUGCUCAUUACUCUUACAAUAAGUCCCUUUCACCAUCCAGAUGAAACUAAAUGCACAUACUGGAAUUAUACAUUUUCCCCCUCAAGUUUUUCAAAGUCAGCGCUUCUUAUCCAGUGGAUUUUUAAAGGGAAACUCCACUGAUUUUUACACAUCUUGAGUACUGCAUACUGCAUGUGAAAAUGUGAUAGAUUACAUGAGACCAGUUAAAGGGCCAAAUUAUCCAUUGGAGUGUAUCUGUGUUAAUUUUGUUUUUUUUUUUUUUUUAACUUUCACAAAAUGUAUAACUUAUUUCCAAGUGAUUAUGCUAAGUAAAGGAAAUAUUUCGUCCCAAUUUUCAUAAACUUUGGGGCAAAGCUGAAAAAGAUUACACUACAUCCUGUGACUUACAUUUGUCACAAAAAGCUGAACCCACUGGAAAGAUCUGCUGCUCUCUUGUCAUUUUAAUAGUAUUUGCUGAAUAAAUUAACAAUCAGGAAAUGUAAUUGCUAACACCUAAGUGCAGUUAUUCAAGUAAAAUUAACAUUGAUUGAUAAUUGAUUUCAUAUUGAUUUAGUAACAGAAGUAUGUAUAUGUACUUGCAGUGUUGCAAGGUUACAUAUAGUGUACUGUAAAUUGUUGUCAUCAUUGUCAUAAUUUUUCCAUCCAGUCACGUAUCAGGUGAAAGACUAACAGCUUUGCUCAUCUAUGUUCAUCCUUUUUUGUAAUAGAACCUCACAGUCAUAGUGUCGUCUUUCUUGUUUGUAUUGCAGGAAGCGUCCUGAGGUCAAGUUGUAAUUGUAAAUGGGAUGGUAAUAAAAAUGCCCUUUGGCAGACCUCAGGGGUCCCCAAAA